AUGGCGUUCUACAACUUCGACGAUUCCGACCCGAUGAUGAUGUAUCGCCAAGCCAUGGCUCGCGGCGGUCGCCCUCGACGCUUCGACGAAUACUAUCGCUGCUAUCCGAUCGCCAUGAUGCCAGGACCUGAGCGACCAGCAGCAAAUCAUGGCGGCAAAAUGUUCCUACCAGCCUCAGCACUCGACAAGCUCACGCAACUCCACAUCACAUAUCCUAUGCUCUUCGAAAUCGGCACGAAAGACAAGAAUACCCACGCCGGUGUGCUCGAGUUCACGGCAGAGGAGGGGAGGGUCUACCUACCAUAUUGGAUCAUGACGGUGCUGGGUCUCGAACCUGGUGACCUGAUUCAGUGCAAGAGUACCGAUCUGCCGCCUGGGAAUUUCAUCAAGCUCCAACCUCAAGAUGUCAACUUUCUAGAUAUCACAGACCCGAAAGCAGUGCUCGAGCAAGCAUUCCGGAAUUUCAGCUGUUUGACGCAGGGUGAUGUCUUCACUUUCGAGUACAACAACACAGUCUACGAGAUUGCGGUGCUGGAAGUGAAGCCGCAAGGCGACAAGAAGGCAAUCAGUGUACAGGAGACAGAUCUCGAGGUCGAUUUCGCAGCGCCAGUGGGAUAUCAAGAACCCGUGAAGGGAAGCGGUACGAGCACACCUCGAAGCGUAGGAUCGAUGAUGGCGGGCAAGGGCGGUCUCAUGCACUCAGAAGGAUCUAUGGCACAAGCGAUCAACUACAAUAGCAUCAAGCCCGACUCAGAUGCCGCAGCGAAGGGACACGCGAAAGCCGCAUCCGCCUUUUCCGGCGCAGGUCAGCGACUCGUCGCGAAGAAGGGCAAGGGCGCAGCUGCCACACCCGCGAGUACACCUGGCACCAACACACCAAUACCCGGACAGGGAGGAUCCGUCAAUAUUCCAGGCCUCGCGCCAAAGACUAAGACGCGCAUGAAUGGUCCUCAGCCGCUACGAUUACCGCCAGGCAAGCUCUUCUUCGGUUACGAAAUCAAGCCGCUCAAGUCGAAAGAGCAGCAGGCUGAGGAGGAAGCGAGCAAGAAGCAGAACUUCAGUGGUGAGGGUCAAAGUUUGCGGGCCAAGAAGAAAUGA